CGAAAUCUCGCCGCGAUGUUUGAUCCAUACGAUGACGGCCCAUCGCAGCCUGAUGCAGCAGCCGGAGGAGGCGGCGCAGCGCCCUUCAGUGCAAAUGUAUCUGGUCCGCCCGACCAAGAUGGUUCGGCGGCGUUGCUCUUCUCCUCUCAUCGCGAGGCUUUCUCUCGCUACUUCACAUCCAAUCCUGACCGCGAGUGGCACAUCAAGGAGCUGCUGCGAGUCGUAGACACCGGGCGCAGCUUCAGCCUGACUGUGGACGCCACAGAGCUGCUGGACGAGUUCCCCGCUCUCGGCAGUGCAUUCCUCAAGUCCGCUCAGGAGGUUCUGCCCUUCCUGCAGGAUGACGUGUUGCCCGAACUGCAGCGCCAGUAUGCUGAGGCUCUCGGCGGCACCGGCGCAGUGCCCAAGAUGGUCAAGCCGCGCGUCAAGAUCCGCCCUGAGGGGAUCCCGCCAUGCACUUCCAUGAGGAAGGAGAGCGUCAGGUGGGUGGAGCUCCACAAUUAACACACGAAAGCAGCACAGCCGACAGCCUUGUCUGGUGCUUUCAUUUGUGGGUGUGGCGGUCAGUGCGAUCCGCAAUGACGAGAUCAACACGUUGGUGUCGUUCACAGGGACGGUGGUCCGCGCGGGGCCCGUCAAGGCGCUCGAGGAGUGGCGUGUGUUUGCGUGUGUGCGGUGUGGGCACCAGUUCCGGAUGGUGGCCAUUCCCGAGCUGUCGUUCCGCAUGGACAAGCCGUCGGUGUGCCCUCGGGCUCCCAGGCAGGUCAACAAGCCCACGCAGGACAAGAAGUCCAAGAAGUGGUUCACCGUCAAGGCCACGGAGCGAUGCGACGGCAGCCACUUCCGGGUGGUCGAGCCGCACGAGUUGCAGGCGGAAUCACACCCGGCGGCCAUCACCGAUGUGCAGGAAAUCCGGUACUGCACCGCACACAUCACAUCCACACACGCAUCCUGUCAUUGGUCUUUGUGUUGUGGUCAGUGUGCAGGAGAGCGUCGAGAACCUGAAGGGCGGCGUGAUUCCCCGUGUGAUGCCUGUGAUAGUCAAGGACGACUUGGUGGCCCGCGUGCAGCCCGGCGACAAGGCGGAGGUGGUCGGAUUCGUCAGACGCCGAUGGAGGCCUUUCAAGAAAGACCAGAGGUCACACAUAACAAAGAGCCAGCCCGACUUUCUUCCUGCGACACACACUUUGUUGUCGUGUGCCUGUCAGGUGUGAGGGUGAGUUCUUCUUAGAGGCUGUCAAUGUCAUCCCCAAGAUGCGCGAGAACAUACCCCCACACCUCACCCUCGCACAAUCACACCGACCAGACAGCAGCAGCAGCCAGACCACCGGCAGCCAGGCCGCUGGCGAGCCCCCCGCCCCACUGACUAGUGUCGGCCGCAUCCAGGAGUUCCAACGCUUCUGGCAGAGGCGUCGCGGGGACGAGUUUGCGGCGAGACGUGAGAUACUCGAUGGGGUGUGUCCGACUUUGAUGGGGCUGCACGUGGCGAAGCUCUCUCUACUGCUCACACUAAUAGGUACACACAUCCAUCGGCAGACGGAGGGAGGGAGGGGUGGAAUAUCGGCGUAAGCAUGUCAAUCUGUCUGUUUGCAGGCGGCUGCACGAUGGAGGAGGCGGCCAAGUCGACCGACGAAGGCCGCCGCUGGGCCCACUUUCGCUCUUCCCACAGCCCCCCUGCCAAGAAGGCGCUCCAGGACGGCGACCAAGUCGCCCCUGACGAGCCGAUGGCUGACGCGCAGGAGAUGCCUGCCCAGCCUCACCGCCAGCAGCAGCAGCAGCAGCAGGGGAGGCAGGUGGGAGGGGGCGGCAGUGUGGGCAGAUGCGACUGCCACAUGCUCAUGGUGAGAAUGUGGUUGGGCGAGACCAACAUGGGUGCGUUCACACAUGACCACCGUAUGUGUCUGUUUACAGGUGGGUGAUCCGGGUACGGGCAAGUCUCAGCUGCUCAAGAAGGCCGCAGAGCUCAGCUAUCGCUCCGUCCAGACCACAGGUAGAUAACAACACCGAUAAAUCAAUGGAUGCAUGGAUGGAUGGAUGGAUGGAUAUCACCCACAGCCAUUUUUCUGUCUGCUGGCACAUCGCAUCAGGUCUGGGGUGCACGGCUGCCGGUUUGACGUUCACGUGUGUGCGUGAGGGUGCUGACUUCAUGCUGGAGGCGGGUGCUCUGGUUUUAGCCGACGGGGGCGUGUGCUGCAUUGACGAGUUCUCGUGCAUCAAGAAGGACGAGAGCGCCGCCAUACACGAGGCACUCGAACAGCAAUCCAUCAGCGUAGCCAAGGUGAGUCAGUGAGCAGAGACGGGCAGCGGGAGCACGACACACAAUGGAUGAGGAGGGAGAGGAGGGUUCCACAUGCAUAUAUCGCUGUUGUAGGCCGGUAUCAACACGCGGCUCAACACGCGGUGCUCAGUAGUGGCCGCGUGCAACGUCAAGAACGGCUCGUACAACGCCGGUCCGAUGACGCCCCUCAACACGAGCCUGGGGCUGCCCCUGCUCACCCGCUUUGACACCGUCGUGGUCUUCAUCGACGCAUUCGACGCCAAACAAGACGCCGCCACCGCAGACUUCAUCCUGUCUAAGGUACGGUACCUGUUGCACUGAAGGAUUGCAUACGCACAUACUCCCUUUUGUUCUCCCAGGUGAUGGCAGAUCCCUCUGCGGCCUUCAAGCACGGCACCGCCCCGCCCCGCCCGCCUCACUUCUGGACCACCGACAGGCUGCGCGACUAUAUUGCGCACGUCAAGUCGUCCCUCGCACCCACACUCAGCAAGGCGGCCGGCGUGCUGCUCGAGACAUACUUCGUAGAGCUCAAGCGCAAGGCGGGGCCAAUCGACGGGGCCGCAGUCACGGUGCGACCUCACCGCAACACACAAGACAUCACACCAAGUUGUACCUCUGUUUCUGGUGUCAUUGGGUGCACUGUGUGUCAGGUGCGCAUGUUAGAGUCGCUGAUCCGUCUGACGCAGGCGCACGCACGGCUGCUGCACCGGGAGGUGGCGGAGCUGAGGGACGCCGUGGCCACCGUCCUCAUGAUGGAAAAGGCGCUCAACGGCAGACAGGUGGGCACACACGCACACAGCGCCCCAGUCCCCAUGUCUCCCGCCUCUCUGCGUAUGUGGGUGCAGGUCUGUGCGGCCGUGUCUCGCAGCGCCGACGCGCCUGCCCGCACCGGUAUGCUCGGCGAGCUCGCUGCCUUCGACAGCGAGGCCGCGGGCCCCAACGCCCGCAGCACCAUCCUCUCCAGAGCCACCGAGGACGCCGCCACGGCCAGCGAGCUGCACUUCGACAUCAAGAGCAUCCGCGAGUACGCCCACUACGAGCGGCAGGUCCUCAAGAGCCUCAUGCUGCGCAAGACGCCAGAUGGGCAGCUGAAGAGCAUGGUGGACAACGGCAGACUGCAGCCAGACGAUGACCACGGCGAUCCAGACGAGGGUCCCUUUGCGACGCCGGUGGGGCCACCUGGUGACCUCAAUGGCCUGCACCAGAGCACCACUGGCGGGCCCCCUGCCGACGACGAUGGGGACCUCGAUGAUCUGCUGGACGACCUGAAUGACUUCAGCUACAACCCUCCGGCCGCCUCGGCGCCCAUUCGUCCACCGAAUUUCGCGACCAAUGACGCUCAGGAGUGCAGGCCCCUGUGGAGUGCGAGACCGGGUGUGGUGAGAAGGCCGCCGGUGAGGCGGGAUGGCCAGUGGCUCGGGGUGAAGGAACGGGAAAUGGGCUGAAGCGGUGGAUGGAUGGAUGGAUGGAUGGAUAUGGG